GUGAUGGGGACCCAGAUAGAACGGAGGGGUUUAGUUUUUCCAGCGCUGUGGCUUUUCUCUGUCGUUGUCUUCUGGAAUAAAGCAGGAGCGCAACUACGCUACACCAUUGCUGAAGAGCUUAAAGAGGGUUCCGUCGUUGGAAAUAUAGCCAAGGAUUUAGGUAUCGUUGUGUCUGAGAUUUCUGUGCGAAAUUUAAGGAUAGCGUCAGAAUCUGGUAAGCAGUAUUUCAAUCUGGAUUUACGGAAUGGUGUGCUGUUUGUGCAAGACGUGAUAGACAGAGAAAACAUAUGCGGACAAAGCACCAACUGUGUACUACCACUGCAAAUCAUAAUCGAGAAUCCACUUCAAUUUUACCGUGUGGAGGUUGAGAUACAGGAUAUCAACGAUAAUUCUCCUCGUUUUCAUCCGGAGGCAAAAAUUAUAGACGUACCAGAGUCGACGCCAGCUGGAACUAAAUUUCGUUUAGAACCUGCCCAAGACUUCGACGUUGGAUCCAAUUCUGUAAGAACGUAUGCACUGAAUAAAAAUGACAAUUUUGUUUUAAACCUGAAAAAUAAUAAAGAUGGGACAAAAGUCCCUGAGAUUGUGUUGCAGAGGGCUCUUGAUAGGGAAAAACAAGCCGAAUUUCUACUUGUUUUGACAGUUGUUGAUGGGGGAAAUCCGACUAGAUCAGGCAGUAUCGAAAUUACAUUAACAAUUCAGGAUAUCAAUGACAACGCCCCUGUAUUUGAGCAAGAUUUGUAUGAGAUUAAAGUAAUGGAGAACUGUGCUCCCGGUACAUUAAUACUGACUGUAAAAGCAAAUGACCUAGAUGAGGGGAGGAACAGUCAAAUAGAGUAUUCCUUUGGGCCACAUGGUUUAGGAAAUAUUAAUACUAUUUUCUCUUUAAAUGCAGAGACGGGCGAAUUGUCUGUGCUAAAUCAUCUAGACUAUGAAAGCAGUAAGUCAUACGAAUUUGAUAUACGAGCUAGAGACAAAGGUAUUCCCGUUAUGGAAGGACAGUGUAGAGUUCAGGUUACAGUAAUAGAUGUGAACGAUAAUGCUCCAGAAAUCAUCAUUGCCUCUUCACCUAAACCUGUGAGAGAGGACGCAGCCAGCGGUACAAUGGUAGCUCUUAUAAAAGUUACAGAUUUAGAUUCGGGCAAUAAUGGAAAUGUAACUCUAACCAUAUCAUCUAAUCCUCCUUUCACAUUAAAACCAACAUUUUCCAGCCAUUACGCACUGGUCACUGAUAAAAAUUUAGACCGAGAGGAGUCCUCGGAAUACAACAUCGAGCUCAAAGCUUCUGAUUGUGGAUCUCCACCAUUGUUAACGAGCAAAUUUGUAACAGUAACCAUACUAGAUGCAAACGACAAUGCUCCUGUAUUUUCUUUGCCUGUGUACUCGGUUUAUGUUUGGGAGAAUACAACCCCAGGGUCAAUUUUAUCUUCUGUGACAGCUUUCGAUUUAGACCAAGGAGAAAAUGCCAGAAUUGCAUAUUCUGUUAUUGAUUUAAAAAGUAAUGACAUACCAGUCUCCUCGUAUGUGCAUAUAAAUUCAGAUAACGGGACAAUAUUUGCUAUGCACUCAUUCGACUACGAGAAAAUUAAGGUAUUUCAAAUCCAAGUUCAGGCAAAAGAUCACGGCUCACCGUCUUUAUGCAGUAACGCCACAGUUCAUGUGUUCAUCAUGGACCAGAACGACAACGUUCCCUCUGUUAUUUACCCCUCCGCACUUAUGGGCUCUGUCUCUCAUCAGAGGAUGCCCCGCUCCGCUAAAGCAGGACACCUCGUUACUAAAGUCACAGCAGUGGACGCUGACUCGGGCCAUAACGCCUGGAUUUCUUAUUGGUUAGCCGAAGCCACUGACGCGUCUCUGUUCACUGUUAAUUUACAUACAGGAGAGGUGAGGACCAAGCGUUCUGUUUCAGAUCAGGAUGAAUCCUCUCAGAGACUCAUCAUAGGUAUAAAGGACAACGGAGUACCGGUGCAGUCCACCACAGUCACUGUGGAUAUUCUGAUAGAGGACGCCUUUCAUGAGCCCAUCUCAGACUAUCGAAAGAAAAAUACAGAACCCGAUAAGAAAAGUGGGAAAAUCACCUUAUAUCUCAUCAUAUCUGUUGCUUCUGUGUCUUUGCUGUGUUUGGCGACAUUUUUCGUUUUGUUGGUGAAAUGUGCUCGAAGCAGUAAAAGCAGCUCGAGCUGCUGUAUCAGACGGACCGAUUCUGGAUAUAAAAACCCCAACAACCUGCAGAUCCAGCUCAAUACUGACGGGCCCAUUAAGUAUGUGGAGGUUCUGGGAGGAGACGUGAUGUCUCAGAGUCAGUCCUUCGGUUCCUAUCUGUCUCCGAUGUCAGAAUUCAGUGAUUUUACACUCGUUAAACCCAGCAGCACCACAGACUUUACAAACACGUUAAGCGUUCUUGAUGCAUCAUUACCAGACAGCACGUGGAGGUUUGAAAGCCAACAGGUGAGCGUGUGAUCUGUAUUUCAAUAUAUUGUUGGUCUUU